AUGGACAUUUUGACGCCUGGAAAUUAUGAAUGGAAUUUUGAUGAAGGCUACAGUGAUGAGGAUAAUUUCAUGGACGGUGGAAACUCUUCUGAAGCAAAUACAAUUAAAUCUUUAAUGGAGCUGAGGAGUAUUCGUGGGUUUGAUUCUUUAAGCGGAGAAGAUGAAGUUGAAUCCGCACCCAUAUUACCUCAACAAAGAGAAUGGUUGGCUACUAAAGUGGUUGAGGACUUAAGAGACCACUCGAACAUGACAUGCGAGGAAUUGAAAGCUCAUAUAGCAGAGCAAUAUAAUGUCACAACUAGCAUUGCUAAGGCUUAUAGGGUAAAAGCAUAUGCUCUUCAAUUGCUUGAUGGUAAUGUAGCUGAACAAUACUCAAGAUUAUGGGAUUAUCGUGGGCUUGUGGCUGCACUUGAGGAAAUUUACCCGUCCCCGUAUCAUCGUUUUUGUGUACGCCACGUAUAUAGCAAUAUAGAAAAAAAAUGGGAAGACGAGCUAGUAAGAUCUUUGUUUUGGUUAGCUGCAAUAUCUACUACUAACCAUGAGUUCGAUGCACACAUGAACAAGAUGAAGGAAAAAGAUCUUGACGCAUGGGAACAUCUUACCUCAAUAGGUGCUCAAAGAUGGAGUAGAGCACAUUUUCAAGCUCAUGUCAAGUGUCAUGUGUUUUCAAGUAGCAUUGUGGAGUGCUUUAAUGGUGUUAUUAAGAAAUACAGAGAUAAUCCUGUAGUCAUCCUUCUUGAUGAUAUCAAGAUCAAAACAAUGACACUAAUGAGAAAGAAAAAAGAAAAGAUGAGAAGGAAGGGUGGCUUAAUAUGCCCAGAGGUACCAGACAAGUUGAAUGGGUUCAUUAUGGAAAGUUCUAGGUGGCAAGUCGCUUCCUGUGGGGAGGUUCUAUUUGAGGUUACACUUAGACCUCAAAGAGCCUAUGAACAUGAAAUAAAUCCAAUGACGGGUCCGAAUUUUUGGCCGAAAAAAGAUAAUGAGUCUAUUCAACCACCUUUGUUAAAACAACCACCGGAGAUGCCGAAAAAGUUACGACACAAAUCUUCAUUGGAAGGUAAAGAUCCCCAUAAAGCUAAGAGGAAAUAUGGUGUGAUCAAAUGUGGCAAAUGUGGUGGUUCUGGUCAUAAUAAAAGGUCUUGCAAAGAGAGUGAGCAGUCAGUGUCAUUCUUUUCACAGCAAGAAGGUUCUCCGAAUGCAUGA